AUGAGUGAUGUCAAGGGAACUAAAAUAACAUCAGAUUCUUCGAGUACAGUUUAUAUUUCAUCUACAGGUGCAUUAGUAAUUGGUAAAGUGACUUAUUCUAUGGAAGGAUCUUAUACAUGUGAAGCUGAAAAUGGAUUUGGGCUGCCACUUACCAAAAGUAUUUCUCUCACUGUUCGUGGUACGUUAUGCAUAUUUUAUUUAACAGCUCCCAUCAUUCAACCUUUUACUUUUCCUGAAACUGCUUCUCAUGGUCAAAGGGUGACUGCUACUUGUGGAAUACUACAGGGAUCCAAGCCUAUCACAUUUCAGUGGUUGAAAGAUGGAGAAGAUAUUUCAAAAAUACCAAACACAUCUGUAGAUAUUCAAUCUGAAUAUUCAGUUCUAACGAUAUCCCCAGCGACGAAACAAAACGUAGGAAACUAUAGUUGCAUUGCUAGAAAUGAAAUGGGAAUGCACACACAUUAUGCACUGUUCACUCUAAAAGAAUCUCCUGUAUGGAUUAAAGAACCAGAAAAUGUUGUUGGUGUAGAAGGUCAAAAACUAGAGGUUACGUGCUUAGCAGAUGGUUCCCCUAAGCCAGAAAUAACUUGGACAAAACAAGUAGACGGCCGUAAUGAGAAUCUUGCCGAGUCUGUUGAAAAUCUGCGAAAUGGAUCCUUAAUUAUAAAUAAUUUAAAAUAUCAAAAUGCUGGAGAAUAUAUUUGUGAAGCAAAAAAUGGAAUAGGAAAUGCACUUCAAAAGAAAAUAACGAUUAAAGUGCAUGGUAAAUAA